AUGACAGCCGGCGUGGCGACCAGGAGGAAGAAUAGGUCCAGGAAAAGCUGGGCCAGGAUUGAGCAGGAACAGGCGUCUGAUUUCACGGAUAUCGGUGAUUGGCCGACCCUUGGCGCAGCGGUUGCAGGUGCCCGCUGUCACUCAACACCACCGCCGCAUGAAGAUUCGGCACAUCAUAAUGGAAACGCGGACCAAGAAAGAAAGCCACUUGAAGAACAGCCUAUGAAAGUGGAAAAGGUGGAUCCUAGCAAUAACCAUGCCCACUACGACAGACACGCCUUCGACAAGAGCAAAACAGCUGCCGGUAAAGGUGGUAACAAAUCCGGGAAGCACAAGUGGGUGCCUCUGGAUAUUGACGUGAAGGCCGGCAGGUCUAAACAUGGACAACAACACGCGCCCAGGCAGGAUCACGAUACAGUCAGCCUCAACGGUGAAGAUUCUCGUGGCAGAGGCGCUCCCCGCGGCCGGGGCUCCGUCCGUGGCCGCGGCACCAGGCGGGGGACUCCGCGGGCCGCCUCCAUACACUCACACGUGUAUCACCAGGAUAUAGCUAAUCAUGAGCUGCCACAGCUCCGCGUCGCUCAGCCGGGCCUGCCGCAGGUGGUGCUCCGCUACGGUCUCGGAGGCCUGCCCCUCGCUCCGCCCAUCGCUCAAGCCUUUUACUACGGCAGCGCCCCCUAUGUUGGAUUAGACCAGGCUACGCUAAAGGAUCUCAUCAAGAAACAGAUCGAGUACUACUUCAGUCCGGACAACCUGGCGCGGGAUUUCUUCCUACGUCGUAAGAUGUCUCCGGAUGGGACUAUACCUGUGACACUCAUCGCGUCUUUCCACCGCGUGAGGGCGCUGACGGCAGACGUGCAGCUCGUGCUUGACGCUAUACGGGACUCGGACAGGCUGCAGCUUAUUGGAGGGUUCAAGGUCAGAACGGCGUUCGAGCCAACGAAAUGGCCUAUUCUAGAUCUACCCUCAAACUCGGAUGACGGAGAGAGGCAGGAGAAAAACGAGAGAGACGAACAUACAGACGAGGAGAGAAUACACGACCAUAACGAAGACGGAGAGAAGACGGGGCAGGGAGAACAGGGAGCUGACCGGAAUGAGCAAAAAGAUGAUCGGGUUGAGCAAAAAAUUGAUCGGGAUGAGCAAAAAGUUGAUCGGGUUGAGCAAAAAGAUGAACGGGUUGAGCAAAAAGUUGAUCAAAACGAUCAAACCGAACAUGUUGAUACUGAGAAGGUUAAAACAGUCGUGGAUGAAGGUGAUGCGAAGUUAAAAGAUGAAGAAACGACUAAAGAGAAUGAGACGAAACCCGAGCCGCAAUUAGAAAAACAGAAUCAAGAUAAACAAGAAGUUGAAGGGAAAACGGAAACGGAAGACAACCAGGACAAGGAUAUCAAUAACGACCCGCCGCUACAACCUGACGUAGAGAAACCCGGGGAGAAGAGACGUAAAAAACAAAUGGUCGGUAUUUUCCCGCUAGCGACUAUGGGCGGGCCGUUAGUAGCGCCAGUGUCCAGUCUACUGAGAGCUGUCCCUCCUCCACCAUUGCCCAGAAUGUUCCGCACUCGCCCGGGCGCCGCUCCUCUGCCCGUAGAUCACCUCAACCCUGAUGUUCCUGAGUUCGUCCCUCAAGCCAGGAGAUACGAGGAACCGAUGGAUUCAACGGAGAAGCAGGAUAAUGGUUCCAGUGCAUCAUCGGAUAGGGGAGAUUCAGAUGUAUGGACGGAGGUGAAGCGUCGCACCAAGGCGGGUUCCCGUGAGCGCGCGCCACGGCCCGAGGCUGCAGACGAAGAACCCAAGGAGGAGCUUCAUUUCCAGCUAGAUGAGGAGCUGGAACUACCUCCACCUAGAAACAACACAUUCACAGACGGCUGGUCUGAUGAGGAGUCAGAUCUCGAGUUAUCCGACCGAGACAUCGGCCGGCUGUUGAUAGUGACGCAGACGGCCGCCCGCGCGCAUAAACACGACGGACACGACCGGCAGGGAGACUGGGCCACACGGACCAAGAUCACGCAGGACCUGGAGCAGGUGAUAACAGACGGACUCCGACGCUAUGAAGAGGAUCUAUGGAACGAAUUCUCAUCGUCACACAGCACGCCUCAGUAUCGCACAGUGUCAGUCAUCAGUAGGGAGCAGUUUGAGGCUGCGGCGCCCGCCCACCAGCAUAGGAACCCAGAGACGCCGCCUCCGCCCCCGCCCAGGCCGACUGUGCCGAAUGAGCAAAAGCCAGAAGGCGGUGGUAAGGCAGCUCGCAGACGAACGGCGCGUUUCUACGCGGCCAGCAAGGAUCCACACGCUACGGACGUUAUAAGCAGUAGGAAGCACAAGACUCGCCAUAGUCUGAACCCGCCUGUCGAGCAUCACGUAGGGUGGAUUAUGGAUGUGCGCGAGCACAGGAGACACCACAGAGAUAGUACAGGUUCAUCCCUGGGUACGUCUCCAACGCUAGGCUCUUCAUGCGGCUCCGUUCCUCAAUCUCUGCCUGCCUUCCACCACCCUAGCCACGGGCUGCUGAGAGAGAACCACUUCACGCAGCAGGCAUACCACAAGUAUCACUCGAGAUGUCUCAAAGAACGCAAGAAGCUGGGUAUAGGCCAAUCGCAGGAGAUGAAUACUCUGUUCAGAUUCUGGUCCUUCUUCCUCAGAGAUCACUUCAACAGGACUAUGUACAACGAGUUUAGGAAUUUAGCAAACGAGGACGCCGCGGCAGGUUUCCGCUACGGUCUUGAAUGUCUGUUCAGAUUCUACUCGUACGGUCUGGAGCGCAAGUUUAGACCCGAGCUUUACCAACACUUCCAAGCGGAGACUUUGGCUGACUAUGAGAAAGGUCAGCUGUACGGCCUGGAGAAGUUCUGGGCGUUCCUGAAAUACUACAAGCAUGCUGCAGCCUUGAAUGUAGAGCCUACACUUAAAGCACACCUUGCUAACUUUAAUACUGUGGAAGACUUCAGAGUACUGGAGCCUCAAUUAAACGAGCUGCUAGCGGCGGGCGCGCCUGGCGCGGGCAGGCCUCACGCGAGAGUGUACGAGAGACACCGCUCGGUGUCCGAGAGCGAGAGGAGCAAGGCGUGCAGGAACGCGUUCAGUCGUCCCGCGGCCUCAACCAAUCGCGGUCGUGCCGGUUCCUGCGGCGCCCAGGGUACAGUCGCCGCUGAGAGGAGGCGUUAG